UCAAGUACUUGACCCGCAAAUACUACAUCAAGAACAUCGUGGAGAUUGAAAUUAGUACAACAUAUGUCUGUUUUCCCAUUAAAAACAAUCGCUGACUUGCAGCUGGAAUUGGGCCUAUUGGGGGACCCAUCACGUGCUUCUUCUUCUAUCUCUCUUCCCGCAUCAUCCCGAUUUCGGACACCCCCAGUUCAAUCCAUUGAUGAAGAUUCAAAGAAAAUAAGAAAGACCCAGAUUUUGAUCUGAUUUGAACCAACAAAGCAUUUUCUGAAAUUAAGAUUAACUUGGGUCAUUGCAUUUUUAUUCAUAAUUCAAAGUUCAACGGUAGCAAACUGUAAGAAGAUCAGCUCCAAUGAAAAACAUCAAAGGCAAAGGCGUAUUCUCGGCUCCUGGUGAUUACAUCUACUUCAAAUCCCAAGUUCCUCUCCACCAAAUUCCUGUUGGCUUAAAGCAAUGGAGAUAUUAUGACUUUGGUCCAAAGGGGGUUCCUCCACUUAUCUGCAUUCCGGGGACAGCAGGAUCCGCCGAUGUGUAUUAUAAACAAAUUAUGGCAUUGUCGAUGAAGGGUUAUCGAGUCAUCUCUGUUGAUAUUCCACGUGUGUGGAAUAAUCAUGAGUGGAUUCAUGCAUUUGAAAAGUUCUUGGAUGCAAUUGAUGUUCAUCAUAUCCACAUUUAUGGAACAUCACUUGGAGGCUUUUUGGCACAACUGUUCGCUCAACAUCGUCCAAGACGAGUAAAAUCAUUAGUUCUUUCAAAUACAUUUUUGGAUACACGUACAUUUUCAGCCUCAAUGCCUUGGGCUCCUGUUGUAAGCUGGGCUCCUUCAUUCCUUUUGAAACGAUAUGUCUUGACGGGUAUUCGUGAUGGCCCCCAUGAGCCAUUUAUCGCAGAUUCUGUUGACUUUGUUGUAUCCCAGGUUGAAAAAGUUUCAAAGGAUGAUUUGGCAUCCAGAUUGACUCUGACAGUUGAUUCAGCUUCAAUCGGACCUCUUCUGCUGUCAGAUGCAGCUAUAACUGUAAUGGAUACAAAUGACUAUUGUGCGAUCCCCCAACAACUUAAAGAUGAAGUGAGCGAAAGGUAUCCUGGAGCCAGGCGAGCAUACUUAAAAUCCGGGGGUGAUUUUCCAUUCUUGUCACGACCUGAUGAAGUCAAUUUGCAUCUUCAGUUGCAUCUUAGACGUGUUGGAGUGGAGCCUCGCCCGGAGUUGGUUCGAGGUGCUCCAAAACCCAGUGAUAUUGAUAACUCUCAUGAAGCAAAACAGAGAGAAUACGAUGAUCACCAUUCCAAGGAAGUAGGAAGCUCCAGAGAUCCAUCAAAUAUUGAACAGACAGAUGAUACUUCCGACAACACACCGAUAGACGAUCACCAAGAAGUGGCUGAUCUGCUUAAGGGCAACGAAGACAGUUGUAAAGGUCCAUUACCAGGUGACGAGGGAGAAGAUACAGUUGAGCCACCCGAAUAUGAUGGAGGAUGCUCCACAGGUCCACUACAAAUCAAUGAGGCGGAGAGCACCAAGGAACCACUCCUCAGUGAUGUUGAAAGCUUUCGGGACUCAUCUAAAUGUGGUGAAAGUAAGAAUACCAACGACCACUCUAAAGAUAUAGAUAGUAGUCUUCUCUCUUUUCUUCCAAAUGACAUUAAACCAAGUUACUCUAAUGAGCAAUUGCUGGAUAACCAUGCUGAUCACUUGUUGAACCAAGACCCACAAAAGAAACUCUAGCUAAAUUUCUUUUUGAAUGUCGACUGAUUUAGCUUUCCUACGUUGCUUCCCGCUUGAAUGGGGCAUUGUACAGUGUUACAGUGUGCAGUCUUGUAGAUGUCGAUGGUGUGAAAUGAAUGAAACUUGCAAUGCUAUUUGUGCUAGUUUGAAUAUAAAGCCGUUUGCCGUUGGUGUGAA